AUGAGGAACCUGCGCCUCCGUCUCCGCCGCCGGCACCUCCGCGAAGCCAAGGCCGAGCCCGCCGCCGCCGCCGCUGCCGCUCCCGCUGCCGCUGCCGCUUCAGCGCCACACAUCGCCGGGACACCCGCGCCGGGCAGCCCCGCCGGCCGCCCGCCCGCCGGCGCCGUGCCCCGCCUGAGCUCCGGGCCGCCCCUCCGGCCGCCCGACUCCGUGCCCCCACGGCUCCACGCACCCCUCGCCGACGUCCGCUGGGGUUUCCGAGCGCCCCCAAACCACGCAGCUGAUUCGCAGGCGGCCGCCAGGGCCUCCCCAAGCAGCGCCACACUCGGGACAGGCCCCCGGGCCCUCCGCAACGCUGGCGCCGUGCUGAUGACGUAAUGGGUCGGGGCCCCGACGGGGCGGGGCCAUUGGUGUGCACCACCUGAUUCGAGCGGCGUUCGGGUUCUCCCUCUCCGCUCCCGGCGCCGGCCAGAAGGUUCAUCCCGCCGGUAACGGCCCGCGCGAAGGAGCCGGGAGUUUGGGCUCGUGAUGAGCAAGAGGAACCAGAGGUCCCCGGCAGGUCCAGAGAUACUGAGCGGCAUCUGUACCAGGCCUACUCAACACUUGGGAAGCAAUAGGAUCAAGAGCCCGGCCUUGCUCAGUGGAUCUCACUUUCAGGAGAGCUAAGCGGCAAAUGAACAGGGGACGGCACUGAGUUUGUAGAUGCUAAGAAGAAAGUGAACAGGAUGCUGAGGUAAGAGAAUAACUGGUUGUGGGGACUUUUCCUAGUAGAUGAUCAGGGAAGGUCUCCCAUGAGGUAACAUUGAAGCUGAGACCUCUGAGGAAUGAGAAGGAGCUGUCUGUUGGAAAUCUGAGGAGGAGAUUUCUGGGCAUAUGGAACAGCAAGUGCAAAAAUCUUAAGGCGGAAAUAAGCUAAAUAAUGUUCGAGGAGCAGCAAAAAGUUCGUUGUAGCUGGAGCAGAGGGAGUAAAAGGACAGAACGAUAAAGGAUGAGACUGGAGAGGUGGACAGGGCUGUAUCAUACACCUUGAGUUCAUAGUAAUGACUUUGAAUUUUAUUCUAUGUCACUGGAAGAUUUUAAACUGAAGAGUGCUGUGAUCAAAGUUAUGUUUUGAAAGAUCACUCUGCUAGAUAGAGAACUAUGGGCAAGCAAGAGUGGAGACAUGGAGAGCUAUUAAGAGGUGAUUGGAACGAUCCAGAUGAGAGAUUGUUUGAUGCUCGAACUAAGGAGGUAGCAGCAAAGAUCAGGUAGAUGGAUUUACGGUAUGUUUUGGGAGUACAGUUGCCAGUAUUUC